CUGUAAACAGAGAGACGCCUCAGAGCGCGUCCACUAGACGCAUGUCGCGCGGCGGAACGAGCACACACCUGAGGAAUAGCGGUGAGAUGGCUGAUCAUCUGAUACAGAUCGAUGACGCUUCUGCCGGAGUCAAUCGAUUCGCGCGGAAGGGAGCUCUGCGACAGAAGAACGUGCACGAGGUGAAAAACCACAAAUUUAUCGCGCGCUUCUUUAAGCAGCCCACAUUCUGCAGCCACUGCACGGACUUCAUCUGGGGAUUUGGAAAACAAGGCUUCCAGUGCCAAGUGUGCUGCUUUGUGGUCCACAAAAGGUGCCAUGAGUUUGUGUCCUUCUCCUGUCCAGGAGCCGACAAAGGCCCAGACACAGAUGACCCCAGAAGCAAGCACAAGUUUAAGAUCCACAGCUACGGGAGUCCCACCUUCUGUGAUCACUGUGGGUCACUGCUGUACGGUCUCAUACACCAGGGGAUGAAAUGUGACACGUGUGAUAUGAACGUUCAUAAGCAGUGUGUGAUGAAUGUGCCAAGCCUGUGCGGUACAGACCACACUGAACGCAGAGGACGACUCUUUCUUACCAUUGAGGUCAGCGGAGACCGACUCCAUGUCACAGUGGGUGAAGCCAGAAACCUCAUUCCCAUGGACCCCAACGGGCUCUCAGACCCAUACGUGAAACUCAAGCUAAUCCCAGACCCCAAGAAUGAGACCAAACAGAAGACCCGAACCAUCCGCUCCUCACUCAACCCCACCUGGAACGAAUCCUUCAUCUUUAAGUUAAAGGCCUCGGAUAAGGAGCGGCGUCUGUCUGUGGAGGUGUGGGAUUGGGACAGAACCACCCGGAAUGAUUUUAUGGGCUGUAUGUCCUUUGGUGUGUCCGAGCUCAUCAAAGCUCCUGUUUGCGGCUGGUAUAAGAUGUUAAACCAGGAGGAAGGCGAGUAUUAUAAUGUGCCUAUUCCAGAAGAGGAUGACAUUAACAUGGAGAUGAGGCAGAAGUUUGAGGCCUAUCAGUUCAAUAUCCACUUCCUGAAGAAAGCAAGGCUCGGCCCAGGUAAGAAGGUCAUCAGUCCGUCAGAUCACCGGCGCUUCAGUCUGCCCUCUGGAAAUGUGGACAAAGUCCGACUCAAUGAUUUUCAUUUCCUGGCUGUUCUCGGCAAAGGCAGUUUUGGGAAGGUGAUGUUGGCUGAGAUGAAGUCGACUGAGGAGCUUUACGCCAUUAAAAUUCUGAAGAAGGAUGUGGUGAUCCAGGAUGAUGACGUGGAGUGCACAAUGGUGGAGAAGAGAGUGUUGGCCCAGAGAGAGAAGCCUCCAUUCCUCACCCAACUACACUCCUGCUUUCAGACUAUAGAUCGUCUGUACUUUGUAAUGGAAUAUAUUAACGGCGGAGACCUGAUGUACCACAUCCAACAAGUGGGCAAGUUUAAGGAGCCACAAGCAGUGUUUUAUGCAGCAGAGAUUGCUGUGGGACUCUUCUUUCUUCACAGAAAGGGAGUUAUCUACAGAGAUCUGAAGUUGGAUAACGUCAUGCUGGACUCUGAGGGCCACAUUAAGAUCGCAGACUUCGGCAUGUGUAAGGAGAACGUGUAUGACGGCGUGAUGACGCGCACGUUCUGUGGAACGCCAGAUUACAUCGCCCCAGAGAUUAUCGCCUAUCAGCCGUACGGGAAAUCAGUGGACUGGUGGGCGUACGGCGUUCUCCUCUAUGAGAUGCUGGCUGGGCAGCCUCCAUUUGAUGGAGAGGAUGAAGAUGAGCUCUUUCAGUCCAUAAUGGAGCACAACGUGUCCUACCCUAAAUCUCUGUCUAAAGAGGCCGUGUCCAUCUGUAAAGGGCUGAUGACGAAGCACCCAUCUAAACGUCUGGGCUGUGGUUCGGAGGGUGAGAGGGAUAUAAAGGAGCAAGCUUUCUUCCGGAGGAUUGACUGGGAGCGUCUGGCCAACAGAGAGAUUCAACCUCCAUUUAAACCUAAAGUGUGCGGCAAAGCGGCGGAGAACUUCGACAAAUUCUUCACCCGCACACAACCCAUGUUGACUCCUCCGGACCAGCUGGUCAUCGCCAACAUUGAUCAGAGUGAAUUUGCUGGAUUCUCUUUCAUAAACCCAGAGUUCAUCCAUCCAGCGACGCUUCACAGUGUGGUAUGAGACCAUCUGACCGGAUCGAUCCUAUCCACGCUGUUGAGGAACUCCACAAAUCUAGUUAAAUACCCUUUAUCUGAACAUAUCUGAACGGAAGUGAGCUGGAGGGAAGGGUUUUUGAUGGCCCACUGGAAACACGGUAUAUCACAAAAGCACGCGUCCACACAUUAGGGGGGAUACGUUAUGUAGAUGAUGCGAGAUUGGUUUCAAAGCCUCCUUAAACAACAUCAUACAGUAUGAGCACCCAAAGCAAAGACUGGUGCAAAAGGUAGGUAUCACGAAAUGUCUUUACGCAGUAUAUUUAACAAAGCCCACAGAUAUAUGCUGGAUGGUGGAAAAGCGAGCGAGCGAUCUCUUUUUUCAGACCUCAGAUUCUUUGUGUGUAAAGCAUGCUGACAAUAACCCAAAAGGUUUUUCUGUCCUUUCCUAUAUCUCCUCUUUACUGCCAUUUCUAAUGUUCCUGAAUGAUAUAAAUCUCUAUAUAUUUGUAAAUCUAUAAAGAUAUCUUGUUAUAGGAGUGCCAAAAUACAGAUGCAUCAAGAAGUUUUUAUAUCUAGCUCUAUAUACUGUAUGCAUAUAGAUAUUUUUACCGUCCCUUAUCUUGACUGACAAUGAGCCGUUAUUGCUUUCCGGGCUUUAGCGUGAAAGUUUCAGAUCCGGUCCCUGCGUGCUCGACUGCUUCCCACAUUUUUAACAUAAAACUUUUUAAACUUUCUCUUGUGUAUGAAUGGUGGUACUGAGCGAUUCCUCGUCUAUAAUGGACAGACCCACACAGAAUCUGAGCCCAAUACAGUAAACACAAACCUCUAUGGCAGUGGUUCUCAAACGGUUUAGAUCUUAUAAAAUACAUCAAUUACAUAUUACAAUACAGCACUACAUUGAAUAAGUACAUGUACUUUGUUUUAUUCAAGUUUUGGAACAUUUUAUGUUAUACAUUUUCGGUGGGGGGUCCACGUACGGAUGCACUGUACAUGGGUAGGGGGGGUUUGGGUUUGCGCAUGCCAAAAUGUUUGAGAACAACUGCUCUAUGGGACAAACCUCCACACAGACAGCACUUAUGUGUCUUCAUUUAUUAAAUAUUUUCUCUACUCUACCAAAAUGUGUAACACUCUUUGUUUUAACUUGACAACUUAUAUUUUGUUUAAAGACAGUGAAGAUGAAAUGUGUGCCGUGUAAGCACAUCUUCUCAAACAAGUAGUGUUAUCAUUUUUAUGCAAAAUUGUUUAUCUACCCUUUCAGUUACAUUACAAUUCCUAUUAGUCCUACUAAAUAAAGAGAAUCACUAUGAGGAGAAUGGAAAGUAUAAAUGUACCAAAAAUCAGCUAUCACUUGAAAUAGUUUUAUGCGUUAUUGAAAAUGAAAGUCAGAGUAAAACUAUAAUUUAUUUUAACAUCCUAAACAGGCUUAAUUUUUUAUUUAAACAGUUUUUUUUAAGAAAUGUGACAGGACGAAGAGGUUUAUAUGAAGAUGAUUUAGUGAGAUGAAGGAUCAGAUAUGUAAUGUCUGGUAGUAUGCAGCCAAGUGUUUAUGUGUUGAAUCCUCUCUCUGUUAAACUGUGGUUCUUAUCAGAUGAUAAGAAGAUGUCCUGUAGUAAAUCUGAUCAGAUCUUACAUUUACAGUAACCUUCACAUAUAUAGAGCUAUGUUUAUUGUCAUACUCAAGGUACAGACUAUAAACCGAGUUUUUUGUAAAUACAGAGAAUGCGUACAUUAUUCUGCGAAUUUUAUAUUAAGAAAUGAAUGUGCUUUUAAUAACAUAGAUGGUUUUUAUGCUAGAUGAUUGAAGAAGACUAGUUUGGCUAAUUUGAGAUAGCUUUGAUAUCAGCAGACCUUUGUUAUAUGUAUUUCUUGUAUUUGUAUUCUGCUAUGUUUUUAUGCUAAAGUGCAGGAGGAGUAUGUAGACUGACCGGGUUAUGUGGACAGUAUCAGAACUCCUGCAGUACGUGUGUGCGUGUGCGUGCAUGUGUGUCUGCAAGUGUGUGCUGCUGCUGUGUGUGCAUGUGGCAUGUCGGCCAAUCAGUGCAUGCAUAGCAAUGUGGCAUGAGUCCAGGAAUCCAGGAUCCUCUAGCAUGGAAUGAAUGUGGCACCAAGUUAACUAACUAACUCUUCCAUCUUAACUAUCUUCCUUUGUGAUGUCGCUUUUGUGUCAGUUGUUGGACACCUACUGUAGUAAGUAGACGUCAUGUAUAGACUCCACCUGCUGCUGAGCGUUACACCUGAACAAUGGUAUGAAAUUCAAUAUUAACACUUCAGAUUAGAAAUGAAGUAUAUAUUAUGACCUCUUCUCCGUACCUCAGAAAGUUUGUAUUUACACAGAGAAUUGCUCAGUAUGGGCUCUGUAGUUUUGUGCCAACCCUCAGUGGAAUAUUUAGGUUUACAGGUGCUUCGAUUUGGUCUCUAAAUUUCUAAUAUUGGCAGAUUUCUACACUAUACAUUUUUUUAUGUUUUUUGCAUUGAUAUUAAUAAACCUUAAGUUUGGUGUAUGUGGCAUGGAAAACAAAAGUGCAUGGAAAACAAAAGCAAAUGAAUAUGAAUGAUUUGAAUAGAGCGAAAUAGAGGACAAUACUUAAGAAGUCAUCUUCCAUCCUCAAGCAGGUAAACAAAGUGUCUCACAUUGAGAGUAUUGAGGAAUGUAAUGUUUGAUUGUGAUUUCUGCAUGUAAGGUGGCAUUUCGACAUUCCCUUGGCAUAUGUAGUAUCUUAUUUAAAGCAUUCCACCAUGCCAUUUAAUAAUGUAGAUUCGUCUAGGAAUUAUAAAUCUAUUUAUUAUUAUUAUGUUAUGGAUUCCAGGACAGUGUUUUAGUUCAUAGGUUUAUCCACUCUUUGUUUUUCUUUUCAAAAAUGUUCUCCCUCUGUCCAUUGUGAAAGAUAACAUGUAUAAAUAAAUGUAUGAGACGAA